AUGGCUCAGAUGAACUUCCCUUUGAUACGGAGAAGGUGGAUCUUGGCGACGAUCACUUCGGCUCAAGCGUCAGUAUUGGUAAAUGGCUCUCCGACUCAGGAAUUCAACUGUUACAGAGGUUUGAGACAAGGGGAUCCGCUAUCCCCGUUCUUAUUCCUGAUCAUUAUGGAGGCUUUGACUUGUGUAGUGAAAGAGGCGAGUAUGAUCGGGCUUUAUAAAGGGAUCUCGUGUGCACAAAGCAGCCCAUGUUUAUCACAUUUCUUUUACGCAGAUGAUGCGGUGUUCGUGGGGGAGUGGCCAUUGGAUAAUGCGAGGAAGUUAAACAAAAUACUCUGUUGCUUCUAUUUAUCUUCUGGGCCGAGGGUAAAUCUAGCGAAAAGUAGCCUCUUCGGACUCAGGGUGAACGAGGCAAACACUCAGGAGAUGGCUAGUAUUCUAAGGUGUAAAGUGGGUAAGCUUCCUUUUGUUCAUAUGGGGUUGCAAGUCGGAGCUAACAUGAAUUUGGUAAAGCAUUGGAAGCUGAUAAUUGAUGUUUUCUAA